AUGGCAAACGCACUUGUGCUCUUCGACGUGAAAUCCGAGAACAAUGUCGGGUGCUACUCGCCGCACGUAUGGAAGGCACGGUCAUCCUUGAACUUCAAAGGCAUCCCCUACCGCGUGGAAUGGGUAGAGUUCCCAGAUAUUGCGCCUCGAUGGAAGGCCAUGGGCAUUGCUCCGAAUCCCCCGCCCGAGAUAUUCGAAUAUACCUGCCCGACCGUUCAGAUGCCCGAUGGAUCAUACGUGAUGGAGUCUCGUCGCAUUACAGCCGCUCUGGAAGCACUGCAGCCUCUACCGUCGCUCCAUCUCGACAACGGAUACGCUGAACGUGCUCAAAGCGCCGUCGACAUUUUACUCUACCACGUCAGCGUCGGCGUGAUGCCCUUCAUCCCCGAUCUUCUCACCCCCAGAAGCAGAGCAUGGUAUCAUGAAGAGAGAAAAAAGGUCACGGGAGGGAUAUCCAUCACGGAGUUUGCGAACAAGUUCGAUUGGGAGAAAGCGAGACCGGGUUUGAUUCAGGUCAAGGAACUGCUGAAUGAGAACGACGGGCCGUACAUCCUGGGCAAAGAGCCAAGCUUCGCCGACUUCGUCAUUGUGUCAUUCUGGCAGCUCUUCAAGACACUGGGUCGGCACGAUGUACUCGACCAGAUGAUGGCAUUUGACAAGAGCUUCCGCGCGCAUGCGGAGGUCUGCGACAAGUGGUUCACUCUGUGA